AUGCCUGUCCGCAACCAUCUCCGCAAAGACGGGCAUCGAGGGCAGCUGUCACCACUGUUUCCUCGCCAUGAACUGAAGAUAUCAGGCCCUCUUCCACAUCCUUUUCCUGCUGCAUACGAAGCCGAGCCUCCGGUCACCCCAAACGUCCUGCCGGUUACCCCCAACGCCGCAGCUUUCAAUACCCCUUUCCUGGGUUCACCCCGCCAAUCUCACCACUAUCCGCAAACACCAAUUCAGUCUACCGCUUCUGACACCUCACGCCCAGCUACAUACCACCUACAUCCGUCCCCAGGGGCGCAUGCGUCCCAUUCUCAUCAGGACUCCCUUUCGAGCAAUGUAUCCAACUCCUCCGUCAUGCAUCGUCGGCGAGGGAGCACCCUCAAGACAGUAAUGCGGAAGAUAUUUGGUCGAAAGCCACGAGAUGAACUGGAUGAUCUUAAAUCCCCGCAAGAAAUCCCUGAACCAUAUCCUCAGUCGCCAGGUAGUUCCGAAGACAGUGUGAAAGAUCCAAUACAGAUCGCCUUAGGCUCGUCUUCCCAACCAUGGGCCUCCUCGGAGUUCUUAGACGUACGGGCACAUCGAAGGCGGGCUACCCUACCGAGUGUUGCGCUCUCAAUAAAUGAUGCCCUUGAGCUUACUUCGAAACUUGAAGCAGCUGCCACAUUCGACAGAAAAAGUUCAGCCGCAAGUCUUGACGCCCUUGCAAUAAAAGCUGAUAAUAUGUCGAAACGCCGGUCACGAAGUGCGUGUGGUUUGCGGGAUACCGCGAAGUCCCACCGUAUGUCCCCAAUCCAAUGGCGACGAAGGAGUGAUGAGAUCAGGUUUUGGAGAGCAAGCACCCUCCAUGAUUUUUCGGAGUCUCGACCGGAUACCAGGCCUGCGUCGCCAACAACCCAUCCUGACAUGGAAGAGAAAGGAGUGGACGUUAGCGAAGAGGUCACCGAUUGUCCUAUUGAAAGCACUGAAACGAAUGAAUCCGCACCAAGCGAUGAAGAAGGGUUUGAUUUUAAGAAUUUGAUGGAGAGCAUGCAGAUUGAGAAUGAUGUCACUUUAGCACAGCGAGUAGGGACUCUUGAAGUAAAAUUGAUGGAUCUGGAGUUUGCAAUCGCGAAACUACAAAACAAUAACGCUGAGGCAAAUGCAGUCAAGAAGAAGAACACAAGCUCCCCAGCCCGAGGAAGAACCAUGGGACCCAUUAACGACUCAAACCAGUUCAUCAGUUCCUUCAUAUCCACACCGAGCAUCACUCCCCCCUACGGAUCCCCUGCCGAAAUGGAACCGAUGCAGCGCAGCAGCCCUAUUACGCUGUGCAAACAUUCUUCUUUAGAACAUAUUUCACACUCACGGCGCCCUCCGUCACCAUACCGUUCUGACUCGGGAUUCCAAGGGAUAUCCGUAGAACAAUAUAGUGCUCUGACCACUCUAAUGCGUCGGGAACAAUGCGCUAGAAAGCUCCUGGAAAGCCAAAUCCUGUCUAUGCAGCAGGAGAUCCGGCGUCUCCAAACCGGCGAGCCUUGGGGUCCAUCACAGGGAAGCUCCUUUUUACGAUCCUCAAGUCCUGACUCGCAGAUGUUGCCUGGCCCAUACCUUCAUGAUUCCCCUAGACAGGGGCUGCCAAAUCCCUGGCAACAGCCACGCAACACAGAACCCUCUCGAAACCACAGCAACUCGUCUAAUAGCUAUCGCCAUAAUUCCGACUCCAGUCGUUAUAACACCUAUCGCCGUUCUCGAAACGACUAUUCCGUACCACACUCUAAUCAUAUUCCGGGGAUGAUAUAG